AUGAUUUCUAAAGGCGACGUAGAACAUCAAUCAUCAUCGGCACGCGCGAGUCGCGGGACGCCCACAUUUAAAAGCCCCACGGUCGGUAUAGCGAGGGAUUUCGGAAAAAGAACACCGGAACUGGAACUCGAAGGUAUAGAAAGGUAUAAUUUUGACGCACCACGCAAGAUAUUUAGGCCCAAGACAAAGUUAAUGGUUGCCUCUGAUUUUGGCAAAAGGAGCGGUUACAAUGAUGUUAAUGAUGAAGAGGUGGAAAUAAGAGUGACAAGGGGCACUUUUAAGCCCAAUUCAAACAUACUUAUCGCAAGAGGCUACGGCAAACGAGAUGAGACACGACGCGGUCGAGUAUUCGGAUUGGAGAACAUCUGGGAGUCGCUUGAGAAUAUGCCGGAGAAGGAACAGGAGAACGAAGAGAAAGUUGUUGAAAGCAUCCCAGUGGAUUGGUUCGUGAAUGAAAUGCUGAACAACCCGGACUUUGCCCGAUCUGUCGUGCGAAAGUUUGUUGACCUCAAUCAGGAUGGCGCCCUCUCUUCUGAAGAGUUACUCAGAAACGUGGUUUAAACAAAUGAACAUGGCUAGUUAAUUCUCUAUAUUAUGUUAAUCUAUUAUUACUACGAUCGCUUUAUUUAUUA